AUGUCACGUCACACCAACAAGCUACAAGUGGAAGUUGUUGCGGCCGCCGUCUUCCCGGAUAUCUACAACAUCCUCGGCUUGUUGCCUGGGCGAGUUGAUGCAAGGCUGGCAGCCUCAUGUCGUCUGUUCAGGGGUCAGCCGAUGAUGGACGGGUCGGCGAAAGUUACCAAAGUGUCAGGGUUGUUUCAGUCUCCCCUUAGAGACAUGACUUUGAGCAAAGUUCAGCGACAGACACGACGACACGCUAGCCAGAAGGCCCAUUGUUCCACGAGGCCCUUGAGUCUGCUCGUCUCCUCGCCGUGUAGCCGUCAGGGGGGGGAGAGGGAGGGAAGAGGGGGCAAGACGGGCCGAGGUUGCCAAGGCCGCAGCAAGCUUGUAGAAUCUGUCUAUUGUAGCAUCAGCUGCCGGUGCGCCAGAGUUACCCAGCGCCAGCUCCUUUCUGCCCCCAUUUGCACUGUCUGCUGGCAGGUAGGCGGCUUAUCAGCAGCGCUGAUCGGAUGGUUGUACCAUGAAGUGAACAAGCCCAGAUCUCUUUACCAUUGGCCGGGGCGGUGA